AUGGCUGCAGUUGAAGAAAAUUAUAAAACUACAAUUGGUAGAGUUGGUCAUCCCAAAGGCAGUGGUCAAUUCACUGUACAAGUUCCUUGUUCCGUCGUUGCUCACGGUGGCACCGGCAUCACUGAUAUUCUCGUCCAACUCGGCAAAAGUAUGAGCAGUUCAAGGAAGACAAAGACUUGGGUUAAGAGGGGCUCUUACUGCUACUUGAGUCUCUUCAACGAUCCUAAAACAAAGGUUAUGGCUGAGAUGACUCAGGUCAUUUCUUCCGCUGAAGAGAAAUCUCUAAGAAAGUCUGAUAUUUGGCCAAAAGAGUUCGCUAUAGGACAUACUGAUGUUACGAGCGACAACCAAAGCAAACAAGACAACCAAGAUAGCCAAGAUAACCAAGACAGCGACCUCUUCGUCAACCCAAAUAGAAGAGUUGUCGUCGAGGAAUCAGAUAGCGAUGAAGAAAGCGAUUAA